CGUAAACACAGUCUGUCUCUGUCCGAGGUUGCGUCGUCCUGUAUUGAGGGAAGAAAGUUUUCUUACACCUUCAAACAUGGCGAGCAAUAGCGGUAUCCGGAUCCCGAGCCGCCUCCCGCUGCUGCUGACCCACGAAGGGGUGCUGUUACCCGGCUCCACCAUGCGGAUCAGCGUGGACACGGCGCGCAAUAUGCAGCUGGUGAAGAGCAGGCUUCUGAAGGGGACCUCGCUGAAAAGCACCAUCAUCGGGGUGAUCCCCAACACCCGGGACCCCGAGCACGAAGCCGAGGACCUGCCCACCUUACACAGCAUUGGCGUGGCAGGGCUGGCAGUACAGGUGGUGGGGAGUAACUGGCCGAAGCCUCACUACACCCUGCUGAUCACUGGACUGUGUCGGUUACGCGUGACGCAGCUGCUGAAGGAACGGCCCUUCCCUGUGGCCGAGGUGGAGCAGCUGGACAAGCUGGAGCAGUAUACCAGCGCAGACGCAGACGCAGCCGCAGCCGACGCAGCCAGCGCAGACAGCGCAGACACGGCUGGCGAGCUGGGGGAACUGUCCCAGAGGUUCUACCAGACCGCUGUGCAGCUGGUUGGCAUGUUGGACAUGUCUGUCCCAGUGGUUGCUAAGUUACGGCGCCUGCUUGAUAGUCUGCCCAGAGAGACACUGCCGGAUGUCAUUACCGCCAUGAUCCGCACGUCUAACCAGGAGAAGCUCCAGGUUCUGGAUGCAGUGGGUCUGGAGGAGCGCUUCAGGAGGACUCUGCCCCUGCUGACCCGACAGAUCGAAGGCCUCAAACUGCUGCAGAAAACACGCAAACCACGGCCUGACGAUGACAAGAGGGUUCUGGCGGUUCGGAGGGGGGGAGUGUUCCCAGGACGUCAGUUUUCCCUGGAGGAUGAGGGUGAGGAAGAGGGUGGUGACGAUACAGCUGUGCUGGAGAGGAAGGUCAGACUGGCCAACAUGCCGGAGCCAGCACUGCGGGUGUGCCUCAAGGAGCUCAAACGGCUGAAGAAGAUGCCACAGUCCAUGCCAGAAUUCGCCCUCACCAGAAACUACCUGGAGCUGAUGGUGGAGUUGCCUUGGAGCAAGUCUACUACAGACUGCCUGGACAUCCGCGCGGCGCGGGUGCUGCUGGACAGCGAUCACUACGCCAUGGAGAAGCUGAAACGUCGCGUGCUGGAGUACCUGGCCGUGCGGCAGCUCAAACGGGCCCUCAAGGGCCCCAUCCUCUGCUUCGUGGGGCCGCCGGGCGUGGGCAAGACCAGCGUGGGCCGUUCCAUCGCUCGAACCCUCGGCCGAGAGUUCCACCGCAUCGCCCUGGGCGGAGUCUGCGACCAGUCCGACAUCCGCGGCCACAGGCGCACAUACGUGGGCAGUAUGCCGGGUCGUAUCAUCAAUGGGUUGAAGACGGUGGGUGUGAACAACCCGGUGUUCCUGCUGGACGAAGUGGACAAACUGGGCAAGAGCCUGCAGGGGGACCCUGCUGCCGCCCUGCUGGAGGUUCUGGACCCAGAGCAGAACCACAGCUUCACUGAUCAUUACCUCAACGUGGCCUUUGACCUCUCCCAAGUCCUCUUCAUCGCCACGGCAAACACCACAGCAACCAUCCCCCCUGCACUUCUGGACAGGAUGGAGGUUCUGCAGGUGCCAGGCUACACGCAGGAGGAGAAGGUGGAGAUCGCUCACCGGCACCUGAUCCCCCAGCAGCUGGAGCAGCACGGCCUCACACCCCAGCAGCUGCAAAUCCCCCAGCACACCACCCAGGACAUCAUCAGCAGGUACACGCGUGAGGCGGGUGUGCGCUCUCUGGAGAGGAAGAUUGGGGCAGUCUGUCGUGCGGUGGCAGUGAAGGUGGCCGAGGGGCACAAAGUGUGCAAACCGGAAUCCCCUCCUCCUGAGCGAGCCCCCAGCGCAGGGGAGGCCGGAGAGCGGGUGGGGCGAGGGGAGGAGUCUCUGGAUGGAUCCACAGAGCUGGCCCUGCCCCCUGAGAUGCCCAUCGUGAUCGACCGCCACGCCCUGAGGGACAUCCUGGGCCUGCCCCUCUUCGAGAUGGAGGUGUCUGAGCGGCUGACACUGCCGGGUGUGGCCAUCGGGCUGGCCUGGACGCCGCUGGGCGGGGAGAUCAUGUUUGUGGAGGCCAGUCGCAUGGAGGGGGAGGGGCAGCUGACGCUCACCGGGCAGCUGGGGGACGUCAUGAAGGAGUCGGCCCAACUCGCCAUCAGCUGGCUACGCAGCAACGCCAAGAAGUACCAGCUGACCAACCCAGGGGGCGGGGCAGAUCCGCUGGAGGGGACGGACAUUCACCUGCACUUCCCGGCGGGUGCGGUCACCAAGGACGGCCCCUCGGCUGGCGUCACCAUGGUAACGUGCCUGGCCUCACUCUUCAGUGGCAGACUGGUGCGCUCUGACGUGGCCAUGACCGGAGAGAUCACACUGAGGGGCCUGGUCCUGCCGGUGGGCGGGAUUAAGGACAAGGUUCUUGCAGCUCACAGGGCAGGCCUGAAACGGGUCGUCCUGCCCAAACGCAACGAGAAGGACCUGGAGGAGAUUCCGGCUCAUGUUCGGGCUGAGCUGGACUUCGUGACCGCUAGCUCGCUGGACCAGGUCCUGAAUGCUGCGUUUGACGGCGGCUUCCCGGCUGUCUCACCAGCGAUUGGCCAGCCGCAGGUCACCAGCAAACUGUGAGCGAGACCCGAGGCGAGGCGGCGUCAGCGAAGUUAAUUUCCUGGAUUUUUUGACAGCAUUAUAAACACUAAUUUUCCUGCAAAACCAACUUAAUUGUAGGUUUUUUGGUUUGUAAUCCAGCCACGUUAGUGUCUGUUAGGGUCGUUGGUGUCUGUUGGAGGAAUGAGGAAUGGCUCUGAUUGGUGGAAUCACAGUUCGCUGGGAGUCCCUGUGAGCUCUGAUUGGUGGAAUGGAGGUGAGGGCUGAGAGCAGAGGGAACUGUGGGAACUCGGACCAGACAAGCCGAUCCCAGUUUAAGACCUUGCAAAGAGAUUCCUCUUUCUCAAGGCGUUCAUGUUGCUCUGGGACGUUCUCACUGGCUGCAGCUUAUUGCUGGAGGACGAUUGCAUUUUCUGAAGACAGACAUUAUCAGGAUAUUCAGCACUGGGCAGGGAGGCUCUUUAUGUUUGUCUGACAGGUGAAUUGUGGCAGGAAAACCUGCUCUUCAGUUGUGAAAGGAGUCAGUGUUUUUUGGCUGGAAAGUGUGUCUUGCAUCAUCCAGGUUUGUGUGAUGGCACCUGGUGCACACCUCGAUUAGCAGUAACUAACCAAUGACUGUAACAGCCAGCAUUUUUUCUGCCUCGAAAAUAAAGCAGAAUGUCGA